AAUUUGACUUUCUUUUCUUUCCUACUUCUGGCUAUCAUGGCAGACGCUCUUGCAAAUCAACUCAACAACACAAGCUUAGGGUAUGUUCACGUUACCAAGUGGCAGCUGUUUUCAGUUCGAGAUAACUCAACUCAUACACCCUCUACAGGGAAGCAAACUCGGAAAUGAGGUGGAAAGAACAAUUGAAUAUGCCUGCGAAAGACGCAAGACCGCAGACUGAGGUUUGUGGCUUAAUAAUGGUGUCACUCUUGCAUGUGCCUCGUGUCUAACCGAGUUGUAGGAUGUGACCGCCACUAAAGGCCUUGAAUUUGAAGACUUUUAUAUCAAACGAGAGCUUAUGAUGGGCAUAUUUGAGGCUGGGUUCGAGAAACCUUCUCCAAUCCAAGAAGAAACAAUACCAGUCGCUCUUACAGGCCGCGAUAUUCUGGCUCGCGCAAAGAACGGCACCGGCAAGACAGCAGCUUUCGUUAUCCCUACUCUGGAACGCAUCAAUCCUAAAAGCACAAAGACUCAAGCACUCAUCCUUGUACCAACAAGAGAGCUUGCGCUCCAAACAUCCCAAGUUUGCAAGACUCUUGGAAAGCAUCUGGGGAUCAACGUCAUGGUCACUACCGGAGGGACGGGUUUGAUGGAUGAUAUCAUAAGACUGAACGACGCUGUGCACAUUCUCGUGGGGACUCCAGGAAGAGUAUUGGACUUGGCGAGCAAGGGCGUUGCGGAUCUUUCGGAGUGUCCUACAUUCGUCAUGGAUGAAGCUGACAAGUUGCUGUCCCCUGAAUUUACACCCGUCAUUGAGCAGCUCUUAUCAUUUCACCCAAAGGACAGACAGGUGAUGCUCUUCAGUGCCACCUUUCCGUUAAUUGUCAAAUCAUUCAAGGAUAAACAUAUGCGCAAUCCUUAUGAGAUUAACCUUAUGGAUGAACUUACUCUACGAGGAAUCACCCAAUACUACGCUUUUGUGGAGGAAAAGCAGAAGGUCCACUGCCUGAAUACCCUAUUCUCAAAGCUUCAAAUAAACCAGUCGAUCAUUUUCUGCAACUCCACCAACCGAGUUGAACUUCUUGCGAAGAAGAUCACAGAGUUGGGCUACUCUUGCUUCUACUCGCACGCUCGAAUGCUCCAGCAACACAGAAAUCGAGUUUUCCACGACUUCCGCAAUGGUGUUUGUCGCAACCUCGUCUGCUCCGAUUUGCUCACUCGAGGUAUCGAUAUUCAAGCUGUGAAUGUUGUCAUAAAUUUCGACUUUCCGAAGAAUGCGGAAACAUACCUUCACCGGAUCGGUCGAUCUGGUCGUUUCGGACACUUGGGUCUUGCCAUCAAUCUCAUAAAUUGGGAUGACCGCUUCAAUUUGUACAAGAUCGAGCAGGAACUGGGAACAGAAAUACUGCCAAUUCCCCAGAAUAUUGACAAGAAGCUAUAUGUCUAUGAUUCUCCAGAGACAAUUCCUCGUCCUAUCUCCAAUCCAUCACAGCCACGUCAAAUAACCAAUACUCCGGCAAAUACGAGCACUGCAGACCGCCGCCAUCAUAAUCAUCCAAAUAGUGGGCAAUACCAGUUCAAUCGAGGCCGGGGUUCAUACCGUGGACGGGGGCAGGGUCAGCGCCGGAGCGCACAAACCGAAACCAACAAGUUCGGUCACCCUCAGGGCCAACACAGUGGCAAGGCUUCAACAGCGCCAGUGUCAUGAUUUCGCUGUUGUUAUCUCUCACUUGCUUGGAAUAAUGACCUGAAUGUCUACGAUCAGUUCGCCUCCUUUUGCUUGCACUCGACCAAUGAGAGACCCUCCCGCACUUUGGGGCCUCCUGUCCUUUUUCCGAUUCAUUUGCUUGGCUCUGGCGAUCUAUUUAUUCCCUCUGAUUUACUGCGCGCACAUCUUGCCGUUCUCUCCUCUUUUACCUUGAGAAGCGGGUUUUGUUUUUCGAAUUGUCUGUACGGUUUGCACUACUUCAUUGUAGUGUAUGUGGCUUUUUUCUUUAGCCGCUA